AACAAAAAAAUCUGGAUGGGCCACACACCCGUAUGACCACCUUCUCCUCCCCUCAGCUAGCGCCGUCGUCGUCGUCGUAGAGAGCCGGUUCGAUGGGGCGUCCGCCGAGCAGCGGUGCCCCGGCGUUCCGGUUCCUUCCGUCCGAGGUGGCGGAGAUGGAGGCGCGCCUGCAGCAGCUCAACAACGGCAUCCCCAGCCGCGCUGACCUCCGGACCCUCGCCGACAAGUUCUCCGCCUCGCCGAAGCGCUCCGGCAAGGUCGCCAUCCAGCCCAAACAGGUGUGGAACUGGUUCCAGAACCGCCGCUACUCGCACCGGGCCAAGACCACCAGGUCCGCGCCGCCCCCUGCCAAGAUGACGCCCUCGGGAGCCGACCACCACCACCACGCGGUCUCCUCCUCCGCCUUCAGGGCGGCUCAACCCUCUUCCGCCGCUGCGCUCCCCGGCUCCUCCCCGUCCUCAGGCAAGAAUCCUAUGGAGGGUGGCCAGGUCGAGUUUGAGGCCAAAUCAGCUAGAGAUGGCGCAUGGUAUGAUGUUGCCGCCUUUCUGUCUCAUAGGUUAUUUGAAUCGGGUGACCCGGAAGUGCGGGUUCGUUUUUCUGGAUUUGGAGCAGAAGAAGAUGAAUGGAUCAAUGUUCGUAAAUGUGUGCGACAGCGCUCUCUUCCAUGUGAAGCCACAGAAUGCAUCGCAGUGCUUCCUGGGGAUCUCAUUCUUUGUUUUCAGGAAGGUAAAGAGCAGGCUCUCUAUUUUGAUGCCCGUGUCCUUGAUGCUCAAAGGAGAAGGCAUGAUGUAAGAGGAUGCCGUUGUAGAUUUCUUGUUCGCUAUGAUCAUGAUUGUUCUGAGGAAAUUGUUCCACUGAGGAAGGUGUGUCGUCGACCAGAAACCGAUUACAGGCUUCAGAUUCUGCAUGCUGCUAGAGCGGCAGCCUCCGCAGAUGUUCACACUCCACCAAAAGAGCAUAAAGUGGAGUUGCCAUCCAAUGACAAGAGCCCAGCUGAGCAGAAAGCCCUGAAGCAGCACAAGAUGAUGGACGUGAACACUGAUGAGGUGACUGCGGUUUCCAGCUCAGACCAAGAGCAGCCAGCAGGCAAGACUGCAGCUCCCUUACUGUCGGCACCAACAGAAACCUCCAGGUCAGGUGUAGCGACAAGUGAUGCGGAGGCUGCUCCAGUGGUUCAAGCCGAUGAUGAAGAAGAAGCGCAAGAGGACAAGAUGAAAGAAGGGGAGUAAUUUGUUUUUCCCGUGUAGUGCGUUUUACAUUGACUUGAUGGCUAUUGUAGUCUUGUAUAUAUUUGUCUGAGUUUAGGAUAUAUUUAGCUCAAUGCCGACUGUAUGUACCAUCUAGCUGUUGGUAACUUCUGAAAAUUGUGCCUGAAGAGAGAGUUCUGACUGGUUCAAGAGGUAAGGGUGUUCGGUUCA